CAACAACAACAACAACAACGAGAAGAAUAAUAACAACAACAAUAAUAGUAAUAAUAAUAUUGACGUUCCGGAGCGGAGCUAAUGCCAGUGCACGUGCGGUUAGCGCCGGACUUUUAAACGGACGCACGCACCCACCCCACUCCACUCCACUCCACUCCUACACUCCUACACACUUCAACACUCCAACAUCAUCCGUGGCCUAUCGCCGCCUCGCGAAGCCUCCCCGACGCACCACGGCCAGGGCGAGCCCCCAGCGGCCGAGUCAGGGGACCGCGAGGAUGCCGAGGACGACGUCCUGAGCAAGGAGGAGCCCGGCCAAGCUGCUUCUCGUCGUGGGAGCUACGGUCGCCAAGGAUGACGAGGAAGGGUUUCGCGCUGCUGCUCAGCGGCUACGGCUACUGUCUCGCGCUCCUCUGCUUAAUCCACGCACCGCUGCUUGUUCAAGGAUUACGAUGCCACUGUGACAUUUGUGGAGAAACAAACAACACUUGUGAAACAGACGGAUACUGUUUUGCAAGCACGACUUUGGACAAGGAUGUCAUUACUUACGCAUAUAGGUGUUACAAUAAGGAGCACUUCUUUCCGGAUCCCAUGUACUCGGUGUGGUGCAGCAGCAGCGAAGCCCUGCGCGGCACAGGCGGCACAAAAUUCGUCGUGACGUGCUGCGAUCACGCGGAUUACUGCAAUCGCGAUAUCAAGGCGCACCUGCCCCCGACAAUAUCGGCCGCUCAGACCUCCUAUCGCACCACGCAUCGCCUCGAAGGAGCGUCGGCAGGUGGACGAGCGACGUGGGAAACAUGGCAGAUGGCAUUGACGAUCGCACUCCCGAUAUGCGCGAUCUGCGUGGCCGUCAUGAUCGUCUACAACAUCCACAUGACCAGGAGAAGGCCCGCGGGUCGGCACUUCUCCGACGACUCUCUCGAGGCGCCCGAUCGGCCGAUCCUCGGUGGAGUCACUAUCCGCGACAUGCUCGAGAUGACGACGAGUGGUAGCGGUUCCGUGGGUCUCCCGCUCCUGGUGCAGCGCAGCAUCGCUCGUCAGAUCCAGCUGGUCGAGACGAUCGGCAAAGGCCGAUUCGGGGAGGUUUGGCGGGGUCGAUGGCGGGGCGAAAACGUCGCCGUCAAGAUAUUCAGUUCGCGGGAGGAGAGGUCUUGGUUCAGGGAGGCCGAGAUCUACCAGACGGUGAUGCUACGACACGACAACAUCCUCGGUUUCAUCGCAGCCGAUAACAAAGAUAACGGGACGUGGACGCAGCUCUGGCUGAUAACGGACUACCACGAGAAGGGAUCGCUGUUCGACUACCUGAAUCGCUCUACCGUCGACACGAACGGCAUGAUAAGGAUGGCGUUGUCGAUAGCCACGGGUCUGGCUCACCUGCACAUGGAGAUCGUCGGGACGCAAGGGAAGCCCGCGAUCGCUCACCGCGACCUCAAGUCCAAGAACAUACUCGUUAAGACGAACGGGACCUGCGCCAUCGGGGACCUCGGGCUCGCGGUGCGCCACGACGUCAUCACCGACACCGUCGACAUACAACUCAACAACCGAGUGGGCACCAAGCGGUACAUGGCACCCGAGGUACUCGAGGAGAUGAUAAAUAUGAAUCACUUCGAUUCCUUCAAGAGGGCGGACGUCUAUGCCCUCGGGCUCAUUCUUUGGGAGAUUGCGAGGCGCUGCAACGUGGGCGGCAUUCACGACGACUAUCAGCUGCCGUUUUACGAUCUCGUGCCCUCCGAUCCGACGAUCGAGGAGAUGCGUAAGGUCGUCUGUGCGGAUAGACAAAGGCCGUCUAUACCCAACAGGUGGAUGUCGAUCGAUGUAAGUUUAACUAUGGCCAAGCAUCGUCGCAAAUAUCUAUUUUAGUCCGACAAAUUUUUUGGUUAAUUUACUAGCUCUUAACCAUUCUUGCUUAAUCUCUGAUAAUAUAUUUGCUCUUUCAUAAUUUGCAAAUCCUUAGCCAGGCACUCCAGUAGGUUGGGGUAAGAUAGUAAUGCUGCAGCGAGACUUUUCAAUUUUAUAAAUUUCGGUACCACGCGGCUUUUUCAA